AUGGAUACUUUUAGACCAAACAUUAAGUAUAUUACUUUAUGUUUACGUGUAACUAGGUACCUUGUUACAUAUUUCGUCUUCGAGUUGUUCAAGCUGAACCAGCAUGGUGAUAUACAGCAACGCACUUUACCUUUUGACAUGUGGGCCAAGUAUGCGGCAAAGGCACCCGAAAAACUUUCAAGUGAAAUGAUAGGGAAGGUUUGGGAAUUUUACGGUUUUGAUGGUCCUGUGAGGAUGCUUGAGGAUUUCGUAAUGGCUGAUGUCGCAGAAGGUGUAGUACGUGAUUUGAAAACUGAGCUGAUUGGUUUUUGGAAGGCGGAGAAUACACCUAUGAAAGAAGCCCUCAAUCAUUUGAGGUUUGACAAAACAACUGUCCUCCUUGUUCGCGAAAGACUGCUCAAUACGUGGCUCGAGUAUGGAAACACCAAAAAGGGCGUGACCAAAGAGAUGGUGGAGGCGAUAGAUAGCUGCGACGACGAGAUGCGUGUGGCAAUUCUUGAGGACUUGAGAAAGAUUAAAGGCACUGAUGGCUUGGUCAAAUUUGCUUUAAAUCACUUGAUGACUUAUUUGGAAGAGCGGAAAGUAGAUGCAAAUCUCGUCUACAAGUUUCUAAAGCUUGACCAGCCUGAAUACAAACAGCCACGCACCUUACACUUUGAAACGUGGGUUAGGUAUGCGGCAAGGUCACCCAUACUCCUGUCGAAGUCAACAUUGGAGUCGGUCUUUAACAUUCACGGUGAUGUAGGCAUUCUAGAAUUAGCUAAAGCUUACUCCAAUCGCAGAAAAGACUUCAGCUAUCUGCUGAAUUUUUGA